UUUCAACAGGCACCAUGGCCAAUCUGGAGCAGUGGGUGAAUGACCGUCUCCAUGACAUCCUGGGGUUGAGUGACCGAUACGUUUCUCAGUUCAUGAUCGGCACUGCACGGAGAGCCUCGAGCCAUCAGGACUUUGUGAGUCGCCUCGAGCAGACUGGAACAAUCGACAUCGACCAGAGUGUGAUUUCCUUUGCGCAGGAGCUCUUUGACAAGAUUCCUCGCAAACAGGUGGUGGAGAAACCGGCCCGGGCGAUGGAGCGGGAGGCCAUAGAAAUGGACAGAAGGAAUCGGACGUACACGUUACUGGAGGACAGCGACAGUGAUGGGGAAGAAGUGAAGGAGAAGCAAAAAGACAAAAAGAAAAACAAGGACAAAGGAAACAAGAGGAAGCACAUUAGACGGAAGAAAGAGAGUGAGUCGUCAAGUGAGGACGAAGCAGCUAAAGGGGGCAACUCUGGCCAAAGGGAGAACAAAUCUGUCAAGAAAGAUGAGGAGGAGGAGGAAGAAGAGGAGGAGUGGGAGAAGGAGGAGAGGGAGCGGCAGCAGGACAUCGAAGAGAGAGACGCUUUUGCCGAGCGAGUGAAGCUGAAAGACAAAGACAAGACCCGCAACAUAACAGAGAGGACGGACAAAAAGGCGUAUGAGGAGGCUCAGAAGAGGCUGAAGAUGGCUGAAGAGGAUCAGAAGAAUAUGUUGCCAGAGUUGAGGAAGCGCUCUCGCUGGGACUAUCUCAAGAAGAGAGAGGAAGAGAAGCUGGAAGAUCUGGAGGCUGAGAUCAGAGAUGAUGAGUACCUCUUCUCGACAGACGAGCUGACGGCGAGGGAGAAAAAAGAGUUGGAAUACAAACGCACCCUCCGCGACCUGGCCAAAGAUUACAAGAAGGCCGGGGCAAAAGAACAGGAUGAGAGGAAGAACAGAUACUACAUGCCGGAAGAGAGGCGGAGCAAGGAUGUGCCUCAGAGAGACCUGGAGCUGGAGGAGACUCCCAUGGAGCUGGGAGGAGAGCAGGGCCGGUGGGAGGAGGAGAGGCUGAAGACGGCCUCGCUCAGCUUCGGAGCCAAGAGGGAGAGAGAGCAGGGGAUGAGGCAGGAGCAGGAUAGGUACCAGCUGAUCCUGGAGGAGGACGAGAUGAUCGACUUUGUCAGCACCGCCAUCACGAUGAAGGGGACCCGAGCUGAAAAGGAACAGGAGGCUCCGGCUCUGUCACAGGCUGAGCAGAACAAACAGUCCAUGCAGGAGGUCCGCCGCAGCCUGCCCAUCUUCCCCUACAGAGAGGACCUGCUCGCUGCCAUCCAGGAGCACCAGAUCCUGGUCAUAGAGGGGGAGACGGGCUCAGGAAAGACCACCCAGAUCCCUCAAUACCUCCUGGAAAAUGGCUACACUGAAGGAGGCAUGAAGAUUGGCUGCACGCAGCCUCGCAGAGUGGCAGCCAUGUCAGUGGCGUCCAGAGUGGCUCAGGAGAUGAGCGUCAAGCUUGGAAAUGAGGUGGGUUACAGUAUUCGUUUUGAGGACUGCACGUCAGAGAGGACAGUGCUCAAGUACAUGACAGACGGCAUGCUGCUCAGAGAGUUUCUCACCGAGCCCGACCUGGCCAGCUACAGUGUGAUCAUCAUAGAUGAAGCCCACGAGCGCACCCUGCACACAGACAUCCUCUUCGGUCUCAUCAAGGACAUCGCCAGGUUCAGACCGGACCUCAAGGUGCUCGUCGCCAGCGCCACUCUGGACACCGAGCGCUUCUCCUGCUUCUUUGACGAAGCGCCGGUCUUCAGAAUCCCUGGCAGGAGGUUCCCCGUCGAUAUCUUCUACACUAAAGCUCCAGAGGCAGACUACCUGGAGGCUUGUGUGGUGUCGGUGCUGCAGAUCCACGUCACCCAGGCUCCUGGAGACUGUCUGGUAUUCCUCACUGGACAGGAGGAGAUCGAAGCGUGCUGUGAGAUGCUCCAGGAGAGAUGCCGGCGGCUCGGCUCAAAGAUAGCAGAGCUGCUGGUGCUUCCCAUCUACGCCAACCUGCCAUCAGACAUGCAGGCCAAGAUCUUUAACCCCACUCCCCCUGGAGCCCGCAAGGUGGUGGUGGCCACCAACAUCGCAGAAACCUCCCUGACCAUAGACGGCAUCAUCUAUGUCAUCGACCCCGGCUUCUGCAAACAGAAGAGUUACAACGCCCGCACCGGCAUGGAGUCACUCAUCGUCACGCCCUGCUCACGGGCUUCAGCCAACCAGCGAGCCGGACGUGCAGGCAGAGUGGCUGCUGGGAAAUGUUUCAGGCUGUACACAGCAUGGGCUUUCAAACAUGAGAUGGAGGAAACGACGGUGCCUGAGAUUCAGAGGACCAACCUGGGAAAUGUAGUCCUGCUGCUGAAGAGUCUGGGAAUAAAUGACCUCAUUCACUUUGACUUCAUGGACCCUCCUCCUCAUGAGACUCUGGUCUUGGCGCUGGAGCAGCUCUACGCUCUGGGAGCCCUAAACCACCUGGGAGAGCUAACAAAGCUGGGUCGCAGGAUGGCUGAGCUGCCGGUGGACCCCAUGCUGAGCAAGAUGAUCCUGGCCUCUGAGCAGUACAAAUGUUCAGAGGAAGUUUUGACGAUAGCCGCCAUGCUGUCAGUGAACAACUCCAUUUUCUAUCGGCCCAAAGACAAGGUGGUCCACGCCGACAAUGCCAGGAUGAACUUUGUGGUUCCAGGAGGAGACCACCUGGUGCUGCUCAACGUCUACACUCAGUGGCUGGAGAGCGGAUACUCCACUCAGUGGUGCUACGAGAACUUCAUCCAGUUCCGCUCCAUGAGGCGAGCCCGGGACGUCCGGGACCAGCUGGAGGGUCUGAUGGAUCGUAUUGAGGUGGAGGUGGUCAGCUCCCAGGGAGACAGCUUACCCAUUCGUAAGGCGGUGACGGCAGGAUAUUUCUAUCACACGGCGCGGCUGAGCAAAGGCGGCUACAAGACGGUGAAGCACCAGCAGACGGUCUACGUCCAUCCGAACAGCUCUCUGUUCGAGGAGCAGCCCCGCUGGCUCAUCUACCACGAGCUCGUCUUCACCACCAAGGAGUUCAUGAGACAGGUGAUUGAGAUAGAUAGCGGCUGGCUGCUGGAAGUGGCUCCUCACUACUACAAGAGCAAAGAGCUGGAGGACAGCAGCAGCAAGAAGAUGCCCCGCAAGCAGGGGAAGACAAAAGAGGAGCUGGGAUAAAGACAACAACAAAGCUCAGGUCCUUUUUGCAACAUUUGGCAAAAAAAAAAAAAAAAAAAAGACUCCUCCUGCCUCUCUAAGUGCACGGGGGGAAGAAAAACAGAAAAAUGACUGAGAAAUGUUGCACGCUACGUUAAAAUAAACAGGAAAUAGCUGUUUGGCACCAAGUCAGUCCACAAACAGGUUUUUGGUCCUCCACAUGAGAAAUUGUCUUCAGCAGUAUCAACAUUCAACGAAUGAAAUCUGGAGAAAAUAGUUUGAAGAUAAACACAUGGAGCAGAGAGAUGAAUGCAAGGAAGUGGGUCACACAUCACUGGUUUAAUGAUAACCCCGCCAUGACGUUCCAAGGAGGAACAAUUUUUUUCACCUGGAGACGAGUUUCCUGCAUUUUUCAUCUCGUGAAUGAACAUGAGACUUUUUGUUUGUUUCUCGGGCUGCUGAGCGCCCGCUGGACUCUUUCCUUUGAGUAAAGGUGCUUUGUCAAAUUAUUUCACAGUUUUGUGAAGGAACAGAAGCACUGUUAAAGUUAUGCAUGGACCACAACCAAGGAGCCUCCACCCAGCUGAAGAAGACGAGUUUUCAAACAUUCAGUUUCACUCACGUGUGUGAGGCGCCUUAUCUUGUUUAUUUUCAUUUUUUUUUAGACCAAUAAAGUUUUACAAUCACUUGUU